GCGCUCUCAUGCGUUCGAGAACUAACCUAACCUAGGUUCGAGAACCUUAUCCGAGUGCUCUCCCUCUCAUUUUAUCUUACUCUCGUAUACCUAUCACUCUAACGCUGCGUCACUCUAAUGCGCAUUAUGCGUGAAAACGGAACGCAUCCUUUGUAACUGGACUGCUGAACUAGAAGUUCCGACCUAACCGCCAUUACGACCAGACGUGUCCGAACACGUACUUCGAUAUCUUGGUAGAAAGGACUAUUUGAGAAAGUCUGCAAGCCAAGUAAAAUAUAGUGAAGAAAAACUGCUGAACUAGUGCAAUACAUUGCAACAAUUAUUUCUUUGAAACAAUUGCAGUGUAGAUAAUUAAAAUUUUCGGCAAAAUGGAUCCAGCUUUACUUAGAGAGCGAGAACUGUUCAAGAAACGUGCCCUGUCUACGCCAGCAGUUGAAAAGAAGAAAAAGGAACAAGAAACAUCGAGGGAUGAUUCAUCUAAGAAAAAACCCAAACCAUCGUCCAUAUCUACAGGGACAAAAUUGGACAUGGUCAACUAUAAGACCAUGGCUGGUAGCACACAAUAUAAAUUUGGUGUAUUAGCAAAGAUAGUAAAACAUAUGAAAGCGAGGCAUCAGGAUGGAGAUGAUCAUGCUUUAACUCUGGAGGAAAUUUUAGACGAAACAAAUCAGUUAGAUGUUGGAUUAAAAGUUAAACAAUGGCUUCAGACCGAAGCUUUGAUAAAGAAUCCUAAGAUUGAGGUAACCUCUGAUGGCAGAUUUGUCUUUAAAGCUAUGUAUAAAAUAAAAGAUAAGAAAUCCUUGCUGAGACUUCUAAAACAGCAUGAUCUAAAAGGUCUUGGGGGUAUUUUGUUGGAAGAUAUACAGGAAAGCUUACCGCACUGUGAGAAACACUUAAAAAAUCUACAAAAUGAAAUAUUAUUUAUUACACGGCCACUUGAUAAGAAAAAGAUAGUUUUUUACAAUGACAAGACAGCACAAUUCCCUGUAGACGAGGAGUUCCAAAAGUUAUGGAGAGCUGUUGCAGUAGAUGCUAUGGAUGAUCAAAAAAUAGAUGAGUAUCUGGAGAAACAAGGAAUCAGAUCUAUGCAAGAUCACGGACUGAAGAAACCAGCACCGCUCAAAAGGAAGAAACCUGUCAAUAGGCGGAAACAAUUUAAGAAACCUAGAGACAAUGAACAUUUGGCUGAUGUUUUAGAAACAUAUGAUAAUUAAGUAAGAUAUUAAAAUAGUAAGCCAUAUUAAUGAUAUUAGGGAGAAUAUGUAAAUACAGUCAUGAUUCAUUUAGUACUAUAUCGUGGAAUAAUUAGCUGAUAACUUAUUCCUUUCUAAUUUGAUAAAUAAGUAAAAUUUGUUGGCAUAAUUUAUUGUCAUGAUAUCUCAUUGUAAGUACAAAAUAAAUAUAGAAUAAUUAUAGUAUGUUAUAA